UCCCUGCUAUAAAUGUCACUAGUACUUUCCUAGACAACUAAGUAUAUAUAAUACUUGGCUAGUUAAUUUGGUCAUAAAUAGUAUAUAUACAUGGCUAAGAAUGAAGUUAUAAGCAGUGAGGUGGUGAAUAAGAAUGGUGGUGGUAUGAGUAGUAGUAGUGCUUCUUCUUCUUCAGGCCUAGGAUUAGGGUUAGGGCAGUCGACUAGGGUUAAAAGUAGUCCAGCUCCGUUUCUGUCGAAGACGUAUGAUUUACUGGAGCUAGAAGAAAGCAGAGCCGUUGGAUUAAAUAAUGAUAAUAAUAAUGGUGAUGAUGAUGAUGAGAAUGCUAUGAGAUCAUCAAAUAUAGUUUCUUGGAAUGGAGAAGGCAAUGGCUUCGUAGUUUGGUCUCCUGCUGAGUUUUCUGAGCUAUUGCUUCCCAAGUAUUUCAAGCACAACAAUUUUUCCAGCUUCAUUCGCCAGCUCAAUACCUAUGGAUUCAAGAAAACUUCAUCCAAGAGAUGGGAAUUCAAGCAUGAGAAAUUCCACAAGGGGUGCAAGCACAUGUUGGUGGAGAUCACACGAAAAAAAUGCGAACCAAGCGUCUUUCCAGCCUUUCUAAAGCCAUCAUCCGAUGAGAACACGGCCGCCACUGCCACCGCCACCACCACAGCCGAGGAAAAUAGCCGGUUGCAACUCAUGGCUGAGGAGAACAAGAAUCUAAUGAAGGAGAAAUUAGAAUUGCAAACACAAAUUGCACAAUUCAAAGCAUUAGAGGAUAAGUUGUUGGAAUGUCUUGGUCACUACAUGGGGGACAAUAAGUUUAAGGGUUUUUGUUAAUUAGGUUCAAUUUGGUGUAUGUGUGUAUUAAUUGGUCAAGCCCAAAACAAAAAAGUGUUGUGUACUUGUGCAUUUUUGUUAUUAUUCUAAGUUAUGAUGUGGUCUCUAAGUUUAA